AUGAGUUCAAAAUUCCCCUCUACCAACAAUGAAGCUUCUAACGCUGUAGACAACGUUCUGAAAUGUAUUUCCGGUCUGUAUCAUGCGCAUACCAGUUUAGAUUUCCAACCAUGGAUAAAAAUAGACCUUCAAGCCAUUUAUGACGUCAACAAAGUCACCAUCUACAACAGACAAGAUUGCUGUGGGGACAGACUGCAUGAUGUCCAGGUAACCAUUAUAAACAAUGGAACGGAAGCAUCAUGUGGAUUCUACAAAGGACCAGCAGACAUCGGGGACCAGAUAUCGGUGUAUUGUGUUUCCGGUGCUGCAGGUAGAUACGUAUUAAUGAAAAUCCUCAGUGAACCAGGAAUUGUGGAAUAUCUCACUGUCUGUGAGGUCCAGGUCUUUGUCGACGUCUAGAUACAACAUUAACCGUCAUUUGUGUCGAUAUUUGUUCUUGAUUUCUUUGUACAUGUACACUAAAGAGA